CAUGAAUAUACACAACAGUACUUCUAGCUGCACUGUAUAGGCUCCUGGGGUCUCUAUUCACAGCUUGAGUGCCCCCCCGUAACAAAUCAAAUUCCAGAAGCAGACUCCCCAGACUGGAUUUACCCGGGGUGAAAUCUUAAUAGAAUGGACCUACUGCCUGACAUCUGGAGGCAGGACUACUGGCUCCCUCCAGGUCACACCUGGAGAGACAUGGAACAGCUGGCGGAGUCUGACCGACCAAAACCUCUGGACCUUCUCGUAGCUCUGCCCCUCGCACUGGGCUUUGUCGCCCUGCGCUACGUGUUUGAGAGGUUUUUUGCCCCUCCCUUGGGCAGGUGUUUGGGGGUGAGGAAUAGAUUUCAAAAGACUGCUGCCCCCUGCCCGAAGCUGGAGUCAUUUUACACCCAGCGGAGCAGACAGCCAACACAGAGUGAAAUUGUCAGUUUGAUGUCGUUGUGCGGCAAAACUCAGAGGCAGAUUGAAACUUGGUUCAGACUCCGCAGAAACCAAGACAGGCCGUGUCAAACCAAGAAGUUUGGUGAAGCAGCUUGGAGGUUCUUUUUCUACCUCGUAGCCUUUGUGGCUGGAUUGGCCUGCUUGAUUGAUAGACCCUGGUUCUGGGACCGCAGGGAGUGUUGGAGACAGUAUCCAGAACAGCCCAUGGAGAGAGCUCAUUACUGGUACUACAUGCUGGAGCUGAGUUUCUAUAACUCUCUCCUGCUCCGAAUCUUUGUGGACAUCAAGAGGAAGGAUUUUAAAGAACAGGUGAUCCACCAUUUGGUCUGCAUCCUUCUGCUCAGUUUCUCCUACAGUGCCAACUACAUUCGCAUAGGCACCUUGGUUAUGCUGCUUCACGACUCCUCUGACAUCCCACUAGAGUCUGCUAAGAUGUUCAGCUAUGGCACUGGCUGGAGGAAGACGUGUAACACUCUAUUUGUUCUGUUUGCUGUGAUCUUCCUUGUGACUCGACUGGUGGUUUUCCCCAGCAAAAUCAUCCAUACCACCCUGGUACUGUCCAUGGAGUUCUUUCAGCCGUUUGCGGGCUACUACUUUUUCAACAUCCUGUUGAUAGUGCUGCAGGUUCUUCACAUCUUCUGGGCUGGAUUAAUCUUACGCAUGGUCUGUAAGCUCCUGAAAGGCAAGUUGGAAAAAGAUGAACGCAGUGACGAAGAGAGUGAGAUUGAGGAGAAAGAAGAGGAUAAAGGAGGAGAUGAAAAUGCAGAUCUAGGAGAUUAUUGUUGGGAUACAAGUAAAGACACCAUAAAUUCCAAACUCUCAGGACUGGCCAACACGUGUGUCCUAAAUACCUUGACCAACCACAGGGCCUCUGCAUCCAAAAGAAUGCGUAAAGCUCAGUAAAGACUUGAUUUUUGCACAUUUUGCUCUGGUUUUGCUAUUUCAAGGUUAAAACUGCAAUAUGGUAUACAUAUGAAAAAAUCAUUUCAUCACCCUCUAUACUACAGGUCAUUCAUGCUGAUGGCAUCAUACCUAGGGACUACACUUUUAAUUGAGAGUGGAAUCAGAUAGAUGACAUUUUAGCUUUAUAUGUAGCAUUGGCAGCACAGCAGAGCACAGUUUCACUUUUUCAAUCCUGUGGGAUAUGGGCCCAGCACGCUGCUACACAUUCUAGCUGGGACUUGAACCCACAAUCCCUGACUUGGGAUGCCAGUGCCUUGUUCAGUAGGUAAAAUCCAUGUUCAGUCAUAGUUGCACUGGCAUAAUAAUUCCUUUGAAUUAAAUUUUCCAUAGACAGGGAUGUUAGUGUUUGUGUGAGGGGAUAAUGAACGUGUUCCCCACCUACUGAUGUUCAUUUCCCCUACUGAUGUUCAUUCCAGCCUACACUAGAGACUGUUUUUACACAGUUUUUUAUUCAGCAAGCUCACAAAGUAGAUGCUUUAAAAUUUUAAAAGCAACACAUUUGCAAAAGAAAAGAUGCAAACUAAGUAAACAAAUCUAUGUUCAAAUAUAGACAGAAGUGGCUGUUAAAUACUGUAAAAUGAUAAAAUUGUUAUAUAACAUGCAAUCAACAUUUAA